UGUACGCUGGGUCGUUCAGUCGUCGAAGUUGUGGUACGCGGUGUCGACUAGUGCGGACACACAGGAUAAAAACACAGUGAAACCGUUCCAUUUUCAACAUUCUUCAACAAAAACUAUUCGGAGACAUUUACAUUUUUUUUCUUUUGUGGAUUUAAAGAAAAAGAAAAUAAGACGCCGCUUUCUGAGUUGAAAGCAAAGGUAGAGGCUACACUAAGCUACACGCUACUGGAGAUUAAGGUGACACAGGCUACACGCUAGUGGAGUUUUACAGAACGGAUAUUUUACUUUUCUGUGGACCAAUUUUUCAAAGCUGUAGAUUCUAAAUAGCAGGGACCAAAAGCAGACUUAUUGUGUUGUAUGGAUAUCUUAGCACUGUUUGUAUUUCAUUUCUGGAUAAAACUACUUCAGUCUGGAUUACAACGUAUUUCCUUGAUGUUUCUUCAAUAAUAAAAAAAACUGAUGUCUAUACGUGUGGAAUAAGUUAUUUUUAUAUGUGUGUAUGUCAAUAGUGUGACGUCAUUUAACAUGGAAGACGAGCUGCGUUGUCCGGUAUGCUGCCGGUUUUUUACCAAGCCGGUUCUCAUGCCGUGCGCCCAUUCGUUGUGCGUCGCCUGCGCUCUCAGCUGCCAGGAGCCGGCCCAGAACCUGCUCCCGCAGUCCAUGUCGUCUGCCUGCUCUGAGUCGGACAGCGGCACCGUCAUCAGCGACCACCUGAGCCUGAUGGACUUCCCGGACAUCGACAAGCUCAGCAUCGUCAGCGAGACGGACAGCGGCGUCGUGUGCAAUAGCCGGCCCAGCAGCUACGUGGGCACGCCCAGCGUGGCCAACAUCUUCCUGCAGAGCCUGCAGAGCUGCAGCUACGGCAUCAAGUGCACAGUCUGCGAGAGGCUGGUCUUCCUGGACGAAAACGGCGCCCUGUCCCUCCCCACCAACCGCGUCUUGGAGGCCAUCGUUCACAAGUAUCAAAACCAGAGCAAGAAAGUGGAUAUCAAAUGUGAGCGGUGCCUGGCCGACCACCGCACGGCCACGGCCAUGUGUGAGCAGUGCGAGGUCUUCUACUGCGAUAUCUGCCGCGACCAGUGCCACCCGUCCGAGGGCAUGUACGCCAAGCACAACCUGGUGGACCCCACCCAGGGGGAGAUGAUCCUCAAGUUUAAGAGGAGGAACAGCCGGGACCACAAGUGCGCCGAGCACCCCUCCGAGUCGCUUGGGAUGUACUGUCUGUCCUGCCGUCUGCCCGUCUGCUGCUCGUGCGCCAAGGACGGGCGUCACAUGACCCACGAGGUGCAGCCGAUGCCGGCCAUGUGCAAGAAACAAAAGAGCGAACUCUCCCAGAACUUACAGGCUCUGUCUGAGAAAGCUAAAUCAGGGACAGAGUUUAUACAGAGGUUAAAAAAGAUGGCGGACAGUGUUAGUGGCAACUGUGCCGAGUUUGAGAAGACGGUGGUCGCCCAGUGUGACGCCCUGAUUGAGGUCAUCAAACAACGGAAAGCUGAACUCCUGGAGAACGUGGCCGAGGAGAAAGCGCUCAAGGUUCGAACCCUGAAGGAGCAGGUCUCAGACUGCACAUCCCUCCUGCAGAGAACCACCGGCCUCCUGCAGUUCUGUAUAGAGGUUCUCAAAGAGAGCGACGCCUCCUCUUUCUUGCAGGUCUCACCGGGUCUCAUCAGCCGGGUUGUGACUGCCGACGCCAACUUCAACAAGGAGAUGGAGCUGGCGCCCAGGGUGAGUCCGGAGUUUGAGCUGACGCUGGAUAACACCCCCGCCAUCCACGCCAUCCAGAACAUGAGCUUCUUCCAGAUGAAAGCCCCGGGCUCGCCUGUGAUCAUCCCCGAGGAGUGUUCGUGUGAAAACAACAGCGUGACCAUUGCCUGGGCCCCCCAGAUGGGCAGCGUGGUGGAGGCCUACACGCUUGAACUGGAUGACGGGAACGGUGGAGAUUUUAGGGUGGUGUACGUAGGUCGCGAGAUGAUCUGUACAGUCGACGGCCUCCACUUCAACAGCAUCUACAACGCCCGAGUCAAGGCCCACAACCACGCCGGCGAGAGCGACUACAGCGACAUCAUCUCUCUGCAGACGGCCGAAGUGGCAUGGUUCACCUUCGACCCCUCCAUGACCCACCCGGACGUGUUGCUAAGCAACAACAACACGACCAUCACCUGCAGCACGUUCGACCACCGGGUGGCGCUGGGCAGCGUCGGCUUCAGCAAAGGCGUCCACUACUGGGAGGUGACCUUUGACCGCUACGACAACCACACUGACCCCUCGGUAGGGAUCUGCAGGUUCGACGUGGACAAGAGUGUCAUCUUGGGUAAAGACGAGCGCGCCUGGAGCAUGUACAUCGACGAGAAGCGCAGCUGGUUCAUGCACAUGGACGAACACACGAACCGCACGGACGGGGGGAUCCGGUGCGGCAGUACGGUGGGGGUCCUGCUAGACCUGACCCAGCACACCCUCAGCUACUACGUCGACGACGUCCCCCACGGGCCCAUCGCCUUCACCAACCUCCACGGCGUCUUCUUCCCCGCUGUCAGCAUCAACCGUGACGUGCAGGUGACCCUCAGGUCUGGCCUGGUGCCGCCCGUGGACAGCGGCAGUGAGGCUGAGUACUAG